AUGAUUGAACAGAAUAAAAAAUAUUUUGAUAAUCUAGAACAAUUACAAAACUGUUCUCAAUAAAAUCUCUCAGAUCUUGAAAUUGAUCUCAGGACUAAUUAGUAUUAAAAUGAAAAGAUUUAAGAUUUAUGUUUUUAUUUAUCGAAAUGUGUUAAUCUCUCGUCUUUAACACUAUAAUUCGGAAAAAACAAAAUUGAUGGUAAAGGAGCUUCUUAGCUAUUUUCCGCUCUAGUAAACUGUACUAAUAUCUAAUCAUUGGCACUUGAGUUGUCCUAGAAUUCAAUUGGCUUAGAUGGUCCAAAAUAGAUAGGUUCUACUUUAGCAAAAUGCAUUAAGCUUUCAUCUUUAGAAUUAUAAUUAAGAAAUAAUAAAAUUGGUGGUAAGAUAUUAGAAUUAUUUUAGGGUUUAACUAAGUGUGUUAAUCUCUAAAAUUUGAUAUUAUAACUAGAAGAAAAUAAAAUUGGAACAAAGACAUCAGACUUAGCUUCUUGUUUAUCAAUGUGUGUUAAUCUCUCUAAUUUAACGCUCAACCUACAUGCUUCUGGUGUAUCUGAUUUAGGUUUAUCAAUAUCAAAAUUAGCUCAUUUGUCAAAAUUGGCACUUUUUCUUAAUUGGAAUUUAUUCAGUGACGAUGGUGUAUCAGGGUUAAGCUAUGGUUUGUCAAAAUGCCCUGAUCUUUUAACAUUAAUACUUGAUCUAAGGAGUAAUAUAAUUUAUGAUUAUGGUGCAAUUUAAUUAGGAUCUAGUUUAGCAAAAUGUUCUAAUUUAUAAAAUUUAACUGUCAAUCUAAAUAGCAAUUUAAUUGGUGAUGCAGGUUCAUAAGAAUUAGUCAUUAGUCUAGCAAAGUGUGAUAAUCUUUUAACUUUAACAAUUCACCUCUAUUGUAAUGAUCUCUUGAAACAAAACUUAAGAUCUUAAAUUCUUAGAACGAAAAGACUAGUCAUAUUAAUUAUUUUUUAUUGA